UGAGGCAGACUUUUACGAUUACGAUCCCCGCAACGAUAUCGAUCCACUGUGCUGCUGUGAAUUUUUCGAUCGGAACAAUGAACGCAACCAUCUUCUGGUAGCGUGUUGUUGCUGCCACUCGUUUCCAGGGUCGUCCCCGUUUUCGGACAGUCAGGCCACCGAAUUUUCGUUGGACAGAAACAAUCGACGAACGGAACGGUCGCUGGGCAGUAUGCUACUGACAUUUCAGGACCGUUUGCGCAUUCCUUGGCGUGGCGGUGCAAAACAGAUUACCCUGGACAAUGUGCUGCCGAUCGUGGUGCUCAUCAGUUUGCAGCUUUUGGCCGCAAUCAACUUCUACUGCAGCCUUUUCGUGUUCGCCCUCAUGCCGCUGUUGCUGCUGUACUUGAAACGUUUUCUUGGCAAAAUAUUACCAAAAUCCAAGUUCUUCAUCCUGUGGUUCUUCUGGAGCGGAGUGUAUCUCAUCACGCUGUUCGAAUUGACGGUUCCGCUGCUGGAAAUACUUCUCCAGGAGAACAUUGCCUUGUGCGUGUUGAUGACACUUUCGUUCGGCUGCCUGUACAAAGCGAAGCAACAGGCAGCGCAAGGACAUGUGGCCUCAAACGAGCGCGAUCUCGGAAGUGAUUGUUGCAAGAACGGAAGCGAUUCCCAGACGGCCGUUCUCAUCUCCGACCGUGACGACUCGGACGAUGGUAGUGGAACCGGCGGAAUUAGCGGAGCGGAUGGAGGAAAGCUGGCGUGUCAGUUGUGUCGAAAGUACGUUCCACCUCGAACCUAUCACUGCAAAGUUUGCGCAAGUUGCGUCCUAAAACAGGAUCAUCACAAUGUCUGGCUAAACUGCUGCAUCGGUAAGGCCAACCAUCGGCUUUACGUACUGGGCUGUUUUUUUACGCUGCUCGCACUGUUGCUGUUUGCAAACCUCGCCCUUACGGCCGUGUGCCACCCGAUUCCGAUUUUUACCGUGCACGGUGUGAUCGUGAUGAUGCCAGAUGACUGCGCGGAUAUUUACUUCCAGUACGACAUUGCCUUGUGCUUCACAGGAUCGUUGUAUGCCCUAUUGAUGGCCCUAUUCAUCGCAAUCUCACUUCUGAAACAGCUGUGUUUCAUUUCCUGCGGUGUUACUUACACCGAAUGGCGGCGCGGUGAGCACAUUAGCCGGCGGAAUUGUUUCUGGAACUGGAAAACGUUUUGCCUUGGCCAAUAGAACGCCCAAACAUUUGUACGCCGGAGCGCGCAUCCUCAAAAGACUACCAACCGAUGGGGAAUCGCUGCCGAGAGUUCCUUGAAACCUGCCCCGAAGCAAAUGAAUUAAAUGGAUUCGGAAGGGAGAAAGAGCUUAUCUGGAACGGAUAACGUAGUCAAUAGAAAACUGAUUCUUCACUAUUCAAUUGUAUUGCUCGUAUUGUAGAACAAAUAUCAAGACGGAACACGUAUCGUGUCUCUCCGUGUUUUUGACAGUAUAGGCAGAUUGACGACAAAAAGUCACCAGCGUUGGUAGGAAAGUUUUAGGUAGAAUUUUGUGAAAGCGACAGCUCCGUGCAGGACGAAAAUGUGUCGCUGUUCCGAAAUCCGUUACUUUUAGGACUCAUUUUAGCGGGAUCGCAGUUUCGUUAAGCACUCGAUAGAAUAAUCUGUUUAAGAUGCUAUGCGCAAAAACGUCCCAGAGCAUCGUAUUUUAUGAAACAUGAAACACAGCUUUAUGGGUUAGAAUUGAAUUGGGAGAAAAGAAACCAAAAAUCCACUCUGCACAGUGAUGGAAAGUAAGAAUAGUAAAAUAACUUUACUAAUACUCUGUUGAUACAUAUGAA